CUACCCCCGCCAGCAAAUUAGAUAAAGGAUUUAAGUUAUAUGCUGCAUCAUAUAUACACAACUACGAAGAUUAAGCUUCUGGAUUCAUCGCCGGUGAUACUGACACAUAGCCAGUGCUCCUGUGUGGCAGGCGCUGUUAUGUGCAAUCACACAGUGGCACUGCUCUUCCAAACAGCACACUACUCACAACUCAGAGUGCCGGUUGUCCCCCCUGUGCAUAGCUGCACGGAAUCUGAACAGCAAUGGCACAAGCCACGGACAGUGGGUGUGAAGCCAGGACCCAUCAACUCCAUGAUCUUCACUAAGCCAGUACCAAAUAGGAUGGCCCAGACUGGAGUACGGAGUGGCUUCUACAGAGGCAUGGUGGGUCCGUUACCAGAUCCCUGCUUGUUCAGAAUAACGGAGGCAUAUGCAAAAUUUAAUAUUGAGGACAGGCCACUUGUGACCACAAUGAACAUGAGACCUGACAAGCCCCUUGUGGAAAGUGCCUUUGGGCUGGUGCAGGAGGGCAGUGUUCUGUCAUAUCAGCAGCCGGUUUUGACAACCCCGUACAUCACACUACAACGCGAUGCACCACCAACACCGCACUUGCCUCUGGAGGGGUAUGACAUCUUGCCAUCAGAUUGUGUGUUUGUGUGCUCAGAAGAAGAGCUUCUGCAUCUGAAAAGCUUGUCUGUAACUCUGGAAAUGGCUCACAAAAUAGAGGAAGCUACACGUGAGCAAAGCUCUUCGUCUGAGUGGCAUCAGCUCCGCAGGCCCAGAGUGACUGCCUCUAGGUUUCGGGAGGUGUGUCACGUCAGAGGCCAGAGCUCGGCCGAGUCACUAGCAGAGCGUAUAUUGAAGGGAACAAGGCAGACAGCAGACAUGAGGAGAGGAACUGAGAUGGAGCCUGCAAUAGCAGCAGAGUAUAGUAGGCUAAUGAAUGUUAACUACUCACCCUGUGGUCUGGUCAUUCACCCCAUUGCUUGCUGCAUCUCCUGA